GAACGACAGCACGAUGACAGUCACAUGAUGUCGUUUACACGCGUGACGACUGUUAGUAUCUAACGUUUCACAUUUAUUUUCAUAUAUAUAUGGACGCGUAUGUUGAGCGUGAGGGUGUGAAGGACUGAAGCGUCAUUAUGCCCCUGACAGCGGCUGUGAUCGGCGGUGUUCAGAACCUUGUGCUCUAUGAGACCAGAGCUAGGUAUUUUCUGGUGGGCAGUAAUAACGCACAAACCAAACAUCGUGUCCUGAAGAUCGACCGCACUGAACCACGAGAUCUGGUGAUUAUUGAUGAUAAGCAUGUUUACAGUCAGAAUGAAGUACGUGAGCUGUUGGGCCGCUUGGAUUUGGGCAACCGCACUAAGAUGGGUCAGAAGGGCUCCUCCGGCCUAUCCAGAGCCGUGUCUGCCUACGGCAUUGUGGUUAAAGAGUGCUGUAAUGGUGAGAUUUUUAGAUGGACGCUGCAGACACGUGUCGGAAAAACACUUCAGACGUGUGAGGAGGCUCAUGCUGUUUACCCGUUCACCCACGGGCAGCUCGUCACUAUAGAAACAUGUGAUGUGAAGGAAAG